AACUGGAGAAGCCGGAACAACAACGUGUGGGCUUUUGCAACUCCAAUCGCUUCUAAACUCUGCUAAGACUAAACUCGACAUUAUUGUUUAUUAGUGCAUGUAGACAUCUAAUAUAUUUGAUCGCUGCGGUGUGAGAAUGGGAGCCAACAACAGUACCCGCCGUGUGUCAUUUGAGUCGGACGAAAACGAGAAUGUAACAGUGGUGAAGGGCAUCAGGCUCUCGGAAAACGUCAUCAACCGAAUGCGAGAACCUUCUAUGGCCUCUCGUCUACAGCCUCCUCCUCCACCUCCUCCUCAUCCUCCUCCAUUUGAGCCCAUCCCCUCCUUUCCUCCUCCGCCAGACACCAUAGCACCUCCUCCUCCACCUCCUCCUCCUCAACCCGAGCAGGUAGAAGCACCCACCGUCAUUGACAUGGUGCUGCCCUCCUCUUUGCCCGCAAUUGUGCCUCCUGCUUUUGAACCGACCCCUGCUCCUGCGCCUGUUGUCGAGCCGGUUGUGGAGUCAGAAUCUUCUGCCCCAAAGGUCACUCCCGUAGCGCCACCACCACCACCUCCUCCUCCUCCUGUUGCACCAGCAAUUGAUGAAGAAGCCCUGAAGAAAAGAAUCAGUGAUGAGGUGUACGAAGGCUUGCAGAAGCAGAGGGUCAAGACCGAGCAAGAACUGCAGACUUGGCUGGAGGUCGAGAAGUCCCGCGCAUCAGCCCAAGCUCAGGCCGAGGCCAAGCGCCACGUGAAGGACGAGGUGUCCCGUAUUCUUUCGGCGGAACGCGUCAUGGCCGAAGAGAACAUCCAACAGGCGCUCAUCAGGGAACGGAUCGCCACCGAAGAAGAAAAACUCCGCACUCAGCUCUACGCCAAGCAGCUGGCGGCUAAAGAGGCCAACCUAAGCAAGCAGGAAGCCUUCUACAAGGAGCAGGUGGCUCGGUUGGAGGAGAUGAGUGCUCAGUCCUACAAGGUCACCACUGAGAACUACCACAAAGCCGCUGACCAAGUGAAUGCCAAGUUCAAGCGCAACGAGACAUAUCCGGUAUGCGCCGACCUGCAAGGCCAGAUCCUUGCGUGCUACAGAGAAAACACUGGCAAAACUCUCCAUUGCUCCAACAUAGCAGCCAUGUACCUGCAGUGUGUCAACAACGCCAAACUGGAAAAUAAGCAUGCGGCUGCACGGAUAGACGACAUACCAAGUUGAGGACCGGGGGUUAAGGAAGAAAAGGGAUACGAAUGGUGGCGCAAUCAAGAGUUUAUUGUGUGGGAUUACCGAUUAUCGACCGAGCGACAAACAACCAAGAGAAAGAAGAUCGAGGCAGCACUGAAAUGCACACCAAGUCAGAUCUGAAGCCCUGUCAUGUACCUCUCCCGUGGAAGUAGCAUGGAGGCAGAGAGACUUUUCCCCGUUUGAGGCCUUAGAAUGAUACACAGAAAGCGAAAACCAGACCCGAACACCUCCAGCACCCGUAGGAAGAACAGUCCUAUUUUGAUGUCAUAACUCUAUGCACAAUCAAUUGUAUUUAUGUACACGAUGAAUCCGGUCACAUCUGUAUUGUAUUCCCGUCUUAUUGAUGUAAGUCUCUCGACCACCAUGUGAUCAGAAGAAAAUAAAAGAUACUACAAAUAUUGUCGAA